AUGAAUCUAGGUGUGUUUCCUCUCCUCUUGGCAUUAAUUGGCGGUGCCAGCAGCACCUAUCUUGAUUACUAUGAUUAUUACGAUUUCCCCCAAUCAAUAUACGGGAGGUCAUCACCAAACUGUGCCCCAGAAUGUAACUGCCCUGAAAGCUAUCCAACAGCCAUGUACUGUGAUGAGCUGAAACUGAAGAGCGUGCCCAUGGUGCCUCCUGGAAUCAAGUACCUUUACCUUAGGAAUAACCAGAUUGACCAUAUUGAUGACAAGGCCUUUGAAAACGUAACUGACCUGCAGUGGCUCAUUCUCGACCACAACCUUCUAGAAAAUUCCAAGAUCAAAGGAAAAGUUUUCUCUAAACUGAAGCAACUGAAGAAGCUGCACAUAAAUUACAACAAUCUGACCGAAUCUGUGGGCCCACUUCCCAAAUCUCUGGUGGACCUGCAGCUCACUCACAACAAAAUCUCUAAGCUUGGCUCCUUUGAUGGACUGGUUAACCUGACCUUUAUCCACCUUCAGCACAAUCAGCUGAAAGAGGAUGCCGUUUCAGCUGCUUUGAAAGGUCUGAAGUCACUCGAAUACCUUGACUUGAGCUUCAAUCAGAUGACCAAACUACCUUCUGGUCUCCCAGUAUCUCUUCUAACUCUCUACUUAGACAACAACAAGAUUAGCAACAUCCCUGACGAGUAUUUCAAGCGUUUCAGUGCAUUGCAGUAUCUGCGUUUGUCUCAUAAUGAACUGGCUGAUAGUGGAGUACCUGGAAAUUCUUUUAAUGUUUCAUCUUUGUUGGAGCUGGAUCUCUCCUAUAAUAAGCUGAAAAGCAUACCGACGGUCAAUGAAAACCUUGAAAACUAUUACCUGGAGGUCAAUGAACUUGAAAAGUUUGAUGUAAAGAGCUUCUGUAAGAUCCUGGGACCCCUAUCCUACUCCAAGAUCAAACAUUUGCGUUUGGAUGGCAAUCGCAUCACCCAGACUAGUCUGCCGCCUGAUAUGUAUGAAUGUCUACGUGUCGCGAAUGAGAUCACUGUUAAUUAA